GUUGAAGCCCAAUCGAAAUUUUUCUCAAUUCUGAAAGUUUACACCAUUUUGAAAAAUUUUGAAAUCAUAGUGUACGAUCAUAUAGUUGUUGAUUAUCCCUAUAUCAAUUCAAAGGACGACAAUGUUAAGAUUAGCGGCAAGAUUGUCCAAGGUGUCAACCUCACCUUUGGUGAUACCAAGUAGUAGAAGAUUAUCUACUUCUAUGGUUCAUUUAUAUGCUGCCAAACCAGCUACUCCAGCCGGUAAGAGGAAAAUGGCAUUCAAUCCAAAGAAAGGACCUCAACAAGCUAAGGCUAAGAAGGGAGGUAUGACUCAUUUGGAAUUCGAUGAUGCUGUUCAAAGUUUAAGUUUUGAGAAGACAGCUACUAAUUUAGGUGAAUUGGAAGUACCAUCUUUAAACUAUGAACAAUUAGAUAAUUUAAAAUCAAGAGUUGUGAAAUAUGUCGAUAGUGAUGAAAGAAUUUUAUCUAAUUUAAGAUCAUUCAAGAAAUUCCAACAUAAUGAAUUAUACAGAAAUCCAGUAACAUUAGUUACUGAAAAUACUACCAAAAUAAAUGAAGAUUUCGUAUCUAAAUUAGAUCAAUCAUCAUCCAAAGAAAAUAGAAUAUGUUUAACUGGUACCAGAGGGGUAGGUAAAUCCACCUUAUUAUCUCAAACUAAAGCCUUAGCCUUAGAAAAAUUCAAUAAAGACGUUAUCUUAUUACACAUUGAUGCUGCUGAAAAUAUCGUUAAUGGUACUAGUGAUUAUAUUUUCAAUACUAAACUUGAUAAAUAUCAACAACCAAUGUUUACCAAAAGAUGGAUUUAUAAAUUACGUGAAGCCAAUGAACAUAUACUUAAGAAAUUAAAAUUAUCGAGUGAUAUCACAUUCACUUACAAAAGAAUUGAACAUAAUUUAAAGAAAGAUACUAAUACUUUAUUUGAUUUACUUAAGUCGAAUCAUGAUUUUGGUAAAGUAGGACAAACCACUGCAUUUCAAUUUUUCCUUAAUGAAUUGAUUCAUCAUUCUAAAACUGUCCCAAUUUUACUUUCCAUUGACAAUAUAAAUGCCAUUUUAGAUUUCCCAGUUUCUAAAUAUAAAAAACCAGAUUUUACUCCCAUUCAUAUUCUGGAAUUUGAAUUAGGUGAUUUUAUACUUAAAUUCCUUAGUGGUGAACAAUCAUUUGCUAAAGGUGGUGUUAUAGUGGCUAAGACAGGCAUGAUUGGUGCUCAUCAAAAGACCAUGGAUGUUGGUUUAAAUAUUGAAGAAUAUGAUCCAUAUGCCAAACAAAGAUUCUUUGAUUUAGAUAUUGCUAAUUCAUUAAAGAAGAAUAAUGGAGUUAAAUCGUUUGGAGUGGAAAAUUUCACUAAACAAGAAACCAAAGAUUUAUUACAAUUUUGGAGAAAAGCUGGUACUUUACAAGUUAAAGAAUUUUAUACUAAAGAUGUAUUUGUAACUAGUGAAGAAUUAGUUCAAGAAAAGGCUAAUCAAGCCCAAGAUCAAGAUGCUGUUGAAUUCAAUCCAGAAGAACAAUUUGAAAGAAUUGUAAAUAAUCAAUACGCUAUUUCAUCAGGUAAUCCUCAUUAUUUAUUAAGAGCUACUACAUUAUCCUAUUAGAUAGACCCUCAUGUACAAACCAUUUUAUACUAUGUAAAUAGAAAUCUUUUAU